UCAGAAAAAAAAAAAAAGACAAACGACAACAAUGGGGAAAGAUCUGAGCAACGAUCAAGUUUCUUCUAUGAAAGAAGCGUUCACGCUUUUUGAUACUGACAGUGACGGAAAGAUAGCUCCAUCGGAGCUCGGCAUCCUCAUGCGUUCCCUCGGCGGAAACCCUACUCAAGCUCAACUCAAGUCUAUAAUCGCCGAAGAAAAACUUAAUUCUCCCUUCGAUUUUAACCGAUUUCUUGACCUAAUGUCGAAGCACUUGAAACCGGAGCCUUUCGAUCGCCAGCUCCGUGAUGCAUUCAAGGUCAUCGACAAGGACGGGACUGGAUAUGUCGUUGUUUCGGAUCUCAAACAUAUACUAACGAGCAUCGGGGAAAAGCUUGAACCUGCGGAGUUUGAUGAGUGGAUCCGAGAGGUUGAUGUUGGAUCCGAUGGGAAGAUCAAGUACGAGGACUUCAUUGCAAGGAUGGUUGCUAAAUGAUUUGUUGUUGUGAUCUGACUGGAGGUGCAUACCCCUUUCCUUGUUUCUGUUCUUAAGAAGCAGCUUUUUUGGUGUGGUAAUUUCUUUAUCUUUUGAUUUUAUGGGUUUGGUGUUUGCUAGUGUUUUUAUAAACAUUCUGUACUUGUUGGGUAAGGAAUCAUGGAAAGAGGGUAGUAGCUAUCUUGAAUUAAUGCUUGUGAGUAGCUUUUAACCAGAUCUACAUUACUGAAAAUGACAAAAAAAGAGAGCCAAAAACUGGUCCUAUAACGGGAAACAAGAUACCCCUGGAAAUAUUGGAUUGCAUUAUGACUACUAUUUUAUUGGUAUUCAA